CAUUUGUAGGGGGGAAAUUCAAAUCCAAGCUUGGAGCUUCAGUUUUGAAGUCAUCCAAAAGAAUGAAGGAUGAUUCGUUCGAAUUGAGGUUGGAGAAAGGAGUAGAGGACGCAAUUUCUCGGACAAGAUUCGCGCCCCACUCCAACAACCUUCUCAUAUCUUCUUGGGAUUCGACUCUCCGCCUCUACGACGUGGACGCAUCGCUCCUCCGACUCGAAGCUCCUUCGCAGUCUCCUCUUCUUGAUUGCUGCUUCCAGGACGACGUGGUUGCUUUUGCCGUCUCCUCCGACGGUUUAAUCCGAAGGUAUGACUUGCAUUCAGGACUUGUUGAUACAGUGGGUUGUCACAAUGAUAUGGCAACAUGCAUUGGAUAUUCUAAUGAAACUUGUCAGUUGGUCACAUCUGGAUUUGACAAGAAGUUAUUGUUAUGGGAUAUGCAUAUGGAGAAGGCUUCUUCGUGGUUGAGAAGUCUAGAGGCAGAGGUGAACUCCAUGUCUGUAUGUGGGUUUAAUCUUGUUGUAUCCAUUGGAGCAUCAGUGCAUGUUUAUGAUUUACGUAACUUUGACAAACCAGUUUUGUCAAAGGAAGCGUUCAAUGGAACACACUCAAGAUGUGUCAGUUCAAUUCCAAAUGCCGAAGGGUUUGCCCUUGGGUCUGUAGAUGGACGAGUAUCACUGCAGAUUUCCUAUCCAUCCAGUUCAGAUGACAUUGGAUAUAUAUUCCGGUGUCAUCCAAAAUCAAAGGAUGGACGGCAUUACUUUGUAUCAGUGAAUGACAUUGCAUUCAGUCCACUUGUAUGUGGUGCUUUUGUCACUGGUGACAAUGAAGGUUAUGUUACCAUGUGGGAUGCUGGAAGUAAGAGAAGACUAGUCGAGCUGCCGAGGUACUCAAAUAGUGUAGCAUCCUUGUCAUACAACCACGUGGGAGAGCUUCUAGCUGUAGCAUCAAGCUAUACUUACCAAGAAGCAAAUGAAAUAGAAAAACCACCUCGUGUAUUCAUCCAUAAAAUGGACGAAGUUGACACGGCAUCAAUUUCUGCUGGAAGAAAAAGUUAAGCACUUAUGGCUAUGCUUGCCAACGAAGGCAAGCGGUUAUUCCUUUGCAAUUUAUUUUUGAAACAGGAAUUUUAGGUUUAUAUGUUGGCGUUUUUUCUUUCACUCGGUCAUUUGCCUGGUUUUCAUACUUUUUUUCUAACGUGAGAAACCUCAUUUCACGGAAUGAUCGU